ACAAAUCUUCCAUUUGUAAGGCAAUGCAAAUUUCUAUAGCAAGUAGCAAUUAAAACUCUCAACAAACUUCCUCCAUUCAGCUUCUAUUUAAAUUUCCACCCACCCACCCAAAACUCUUCCAAGAGGCUCCUCAGAAAUUUGCAGGCUAGGACACCAAGGAGAUGGCACAUAAGAUUACGCCUUGGCUUCUCCUCACUCAACUCCUACUACAAAUCUUCUUCACUGAUGCAAAAGUUCCAGCAAUAAUCAUUUUUGGGGACUCCACAGUAGAUGCAGGGAACAACAACCAGAUCUACACAAUCCUUAAAAGCAAUUUUGCGCCUUAUGGGCGCGAUUUCAAUGGCAGCCAGCCCACUGGACGGUUCUGCAAUGGUCGACUUGCAACUGAUUUCAUUUCUGAGGCUUUUGGGAUCAAACCAACAAUACCUGCUUACUUGGACCCAAUGUAUGACAUAAGGGAAUUUGCAACUGGAGUCUGCUUUGCUUCUGCAGGAACUGGCUAUGAUAAUGCUACCUCUGAUGUACUUUCUGUAAUACCUCUUUGGAAAGAACUGGAGUAUUUCAAAAAUUAUCAGACGCAGCUGAGAGGCUAUCUAGGUGAAGAAGAAGCUAAUAUGAUUCUGGAGCAAGCACUGUACAUGAUAAGCUUGGGAACUAACGAUUUCCUAGAAAACUACUAUGUCCUGCCUCGCAGAUCAAAAGAGUUUUCUGUGGAAGAGUACCAGAAUUUUCUCGCAGGAAUUGCCAGAAAUUUCAUAACAGAGCUUCACCAGCUUGGAGCCAGAAAGAUAUGCAUAACCGGGCUUCCCCCAAUGGGGUGUUUGCCACUGGAGAGAACCACAAAUAUUUUACAUGGGAGUCCUUGUGUGGAGAAGUUCAACAAUGUGGCAAGGGAAUUUAACAAGAAGCUGAAGGGAUUGGUCAUAAAGCUUAAUAAAGAUCUUGAUGGAAUCCAACUGGUGCAGGCAGACCCAUACAGUAUUCUCUCAGAAAUGAUUCAGAAUCCACAAUCUUUUGGAUUUGAGGAUGCAGCGAAAGCAUGUUGUGGGACAGGAAGGUUUGAGAUGAGCUAUAUAUGUGAUGACAACCCACUCACAUGUAUAGAUGCAAAUAAAUAUGUAUUUUGGGAUGCCUUCCACCCCACCGAGAAAACAAACCGCAUUGUUGCUGAUUAUGUGGUGAAGAACACCCUAGCUUGUUUCCAAUAAUUAGUUGCAAAGAAGAUGCUCUAUGUGAUACAAAUGUCCACCUAAAGAGUGGUGCUGAUCUUUGGCUCUGUUUAUUACCCUAAUUAUUAUCUAGUUCUCCAUAAACAAUACCAUGCAAAUUCUUCCAAAA